UCGGUUGGGAUCAGUUUAACACCUCAUCAUCACUUUCUCCAGUUCCACUUCAGAACUUUGCAAAGGUACAACCGACAUCAGCGCGCCUCCACACUCAAAGAGUACAAUCAAGACACACAAUUUCCCAAAUUUUAUUUUUAGUAUAUAUAACAAUAACUAUAUAUUGCAGUUCCGAUUGAGGGUAUUAUCGUAAUUCCACACCCCAUCCCGUACAGUCGACGCGUUGUCCUACCGUAUUUCUUUCUCCCCCACCUCCUUCAACCUCAAUCCCCCGCCACACACACACAGACACAGACACAGAGAUCAACAAUUUUUCUAGGGUUUCCUCAAUUUCAAAUUUCAAAAUUUCCCCCAAAAUUCUCUAAGAUUUAGGGUUUCUGAUACAUUUGAAUCGGAUUGGAAUUGAUCGUUGAUCGGAGUUUCGUAGCGAUGGAUGUAGAUAGCGGAAGCAAGAGAGUGUUUCAGAGACUAGGUGGGCCUGUGGAAAAUUCCAAGAACUACCACCACGGCAACAACAACAACAGCAGCAGCCAAAUCCAGAAAGUGUGUUACCAUUGGCGAGCCGGGAAUUGCAACCGCCAUCCGUGUCCGUAUCUUCACAGAGAACUACCUCCGCCACCCAACGGCUCCUCCAAGCGCGGCGGCGGCGGCGGCGGUGGAUUCUCCGAUGACUACUCUUCUUCCUCCUCUUCUUUCUCCGGCCCACGCUCCUCUAGGCCCAAUUACUCCAACACUUGGGGCCGAGCCCACGGCAGCGGCGGCGGUGGUAAUAGAACUCUUACGCGUAACAAUAAGCCCACCGAGAAGGUUUCCAAGGUUUGUAAUUUUUGGAUCCAAGGGAACUGUGGUUAUGGCGAAAAGUGCCGAUACUUGCAUUCUUGGAGCACCGGUGAUAAUUUUUCCAUGGUGGCGCAGCUCGAGGGUCAUCUAAAGGUUGUGAGUGGGAUCGCGUUGCCGUCGGAUUCCAAUUCGCUUUAUACGGGGAGUAAAGACGAGACAGUGAGGGUUUGGGAUUGUACAACUGGGCAGUGUAAGGUAGUGAUUCAACUUGGUGGUGAAGUAGGUUGUAUGAUCAAUGAAGGCCAUUGGGUCUUUGUUGGAAUCCCAAAUGCUGUCAAGGCAUGGAACACACUAACUAACUCUGAACUGAGUCUUACUGGACCUGUAGGACAAGUUUAUGCCAUGGUUGUGGGUAAUGAUUUGCUCUUUGCGGGUACACAGGAUGGGUCUAUAUUGGCAUGGAAGUUUAAUGCAGCUACCAACACUUUUGAACCGGCUGCAUCACUUACAGGUCAUACCCACGGAGUUGUUUCAUUAGUAGUUGGAGCUAAUAGACUCUAUUCUGGUUCUAUGGACUGUUCUAUAAGAGUCUGGAACCUUGAAACUUUGCAAUGUGUACAGACACUAAAGGAGCAUAGUUCAGUUGUGAUGUCUGUUCUUUGUUGGGAUCAGUUUCUUUUAUCAUGCUCAUUAGACAAAACAAUAAAGGUGUGGGUUGCUACAGAAAGUGGGAAUUUGGAAGUAACAUACACUCACAAUGAAGACCAUGGGCUGCUUACGCUCUGUGGGAUGCAUGAUUUAGAAUCCAAGCCCAUCUUGCUAUGCUCUUGCAAUGAUAACACUGUCCAUCUUUAUGAUUUGCCAUCAUUUUCCGAGAGAGGUAAAAUUUAUGCUAAACAGGAGGUUCGAGCAAUUCAGAUGGGUCCUGGAGGCCUGUUUUUUACUGGUGAUGGAGCAGGUCAAGUGAAAGUGUGGCGGUGGUUGGCCGAAUCAACUGCUACAACUCGAUGAGUGGCAUCAAUUAUAUUGCCCUCUGCAUUUUUCUCUUGAUUAUAUUGAUUAGUUGAGUUCACUUUUCUUUUUUGGGUCCCUUUGUAAUUUGUGAGUUUACAGAAGGAAUCAUAAGUUGAGAAAGCUAGUUUUUGGGUUUAGUUUAUAGUGGUAGUACCGUUGUAUGUGUUCUCUGUUUCUCAGCACCAAAGCUGUUGUCUCCUUGCUGUGUGCCAUAAUUAUGAAGGGCAUUUUGGCCCCUAUCAAGGCUGUAAUAUUUGACAAAAUCAUGAUGAAAAUUGAGCAAAUAUUCAUAUUGCUUACUGCAAGAAAAUGUUAAAAUGUGCAUUGAGACUGAAA